AUGGAGGAGCUUGCAAAUGAGUCUGGCGAUAACUUGAACACCGAUGACGUGAACACUGAUGACGUGGAAUUGACAGAAGCCAACACGGAAAAUCAAGAUGAAAGCCACGGUGACACAAACACAGAAGAGAAAGCUGAAAGGUUAACAAAGUUGCCAAUGUCGAGGAUAAAACAUAUUAUGAAAAUGGAUCCUGAAGUAUCUUUGGCGAGCCAAGAUGCAGUGUUUCUUAUUUCUAAGGCUACAGAACUAUUUAUCCAAACACUCGCUAAAGAAGCCCAAUCAUUCACUGCGCAAAGCAAAAAGAAAACCAUACAGAAAAAAGAUGUGGAAUCUGCUGUUGCUAGUGUGGAAAGCUUAGUGUUUUUGGAGGGUGCCUUAGACAUUUAA